GUGAGUCCGUGCGGAGCGCGAGCGCUUCCCACAAUGCACUCGCCGCUCAGCGGGAAACCAAAAUGGCGAGAGUAAGCGAGUCAAAUCAACCGUUUAUCACAAAGUAAAAGUACUACAUGCUUUUGAAUUAUCCCGUUAUAGAAACAUCACAUCGGUUCACCGCCUUUAUCGGGAACGCAGCUCCCGUUUCUCGUUUAUGUCGUAGUUCUUCGUGUUUGUGAGACAUUGUAACCCGGGAAAGUGACCGAAUGAGAGACUCAGGAAGUGCAGAGAACCUGGGUGCCCAUCAAAAGACACCUCCAAAUCGGCAACCCAAGUCACCGGUGCCCUCAUCACAAUUUCCCCUGAAAGAUGGGCUGACCGACACGACCAAGCUCGCCAGCAAGUUUGAGGAAGGGCAGGACGUCCUAGCUCGAUGGUCGGAUGGCCUCUUUUACCUGGGGACUAUUGAAAAGAUAGAUAAACAAAAGCAUCGGUGCUUUGUGAUCUUUGAAGAUCAGUCUAAGUCCUGGGUUCUGUGGAAGGACAUUCAGACAGUUGACAGACCACACAGUCUCCAAGCUUACACAAACUGUAAGUUCCACAUCGAGCCAGGAGACGAGAAUAGGGAAGGGGACAGUGGAGAGGAGAUGCUGUGCUCAAUAUGCCAGAAUGAAAGCUCUGAGCCUCCCAAUGAAAUAGUCAUCUGUGACAAAUGUGGGCAAGGAUACCAUCAGAUGUGCCAUGCUCCCAUAAUCGACUCGAGUGUCAUUGCAUCUGAUGACAAAUGGCUCUGCAGGCAGUGCGUGUUUGCCACAACAGCAAAGAGAGGUGGUGCACUAAAAAAGGGCCCCAAUGCAAAAGCCCUACAGGAAAUGAAGCAAUCUCUGCCAUACGCCCUAGUAGAUUUAGUGUGGGACCAGGGCCACAAAACCAACGUCCAGCAAUGCUACUGCUACUGUGGAGGACCUGGAGAUUGGUAUCUGAAAAUGCUGCAGUGUAAUAAGUGUAAACAGUGGUUCCAUGAAGCCUGCAUCCAGUGUUUUCAGAAGCCAAUGCUCUAUGGAGACAGGUUCUAUCUAUUUAUUUGUUCAUUUUGUAAUAGUGGACCAGAGUACCUCAAACGUCUGCCUCUGAGAUGGGUAGAUGUUGCACACCUGAGCCUCUAUAACCUAAGUGUAAUUCAUAAAAAGAAAUAUUUUGACUCAGAUCUCGAACUGAUGGCUUACAUCAAUGAUAACUGGGACAGGCUACAGCUUGGCGAGCUUGCAGACACCCUGAGAGCAGAGCGAUAUGAAUGCAUUCUGGAAGCACUUAACAGCAACCUCAACAUGUUCAUGUCAGGGAAGGAGAUAAAGAAGAAGAAGCACCUGUUUGGAUUACGGAUUCGUUUCCCACCGGCCCCCCAGAGCUCCGAGCUCCCAUCAGACCGAGAGCAGGAAAAAGCCUCUCAUGAGAUUAAGAUCAAAGGCAGGAAGGCUACUAAACCCCCUCAUUCAUCCAGCACUGUCACUAAUGGAGUGGUAAGGAAAGGAAAGAGGAAACAUCGCACACACUCCUUAGAGACACUGGCCAAAUUGAGAAGAUCAAGUGAAAUUUUGGCACAGAAUGAUAUGAAGCUUCCAACUGUAGACAGCAACUCGCUGGAUCUGAUGGCUUCAAAAAGAUUUGUUUUCUCCAGUGCCAAAAGUGAAAAAUCUUUGCCUUCAUCAAGUACCUCAGAUGUUGAAUCCAUUGGUGCAACCAGCACCAGUGAAACUACCUCAGCCACCAUCCCAAGGCAAUCCAGCUUGGGCAGUCCGAGCGGACCACACACUGGUUGCCUCUGGCCUACUGUAACGCAGCCUCCGAUUAAGAGACGCAGGGGACGGCCAAGACGGGCACUGCAGCCCACCAAUCCUGAGAUCCCCCCACCAUGUAACCGACCCGAGCCACAACCCAGCAACGAUGUCCCUGAAACCAGCCCAGUCCCCUCGUGCUUUUAUGGCGGCAUGGACAUAAUGCAGGACCUGGACCCCAAUACUCAACUCAGCCACCUCAAGAGCUCCAUCACCACUUACUUUGGAGCCGCCGGUCGUCUGGCCUGUGGAGAGAAGUACCGUGUACUGGCCCGCCGUGUCACUAAUGAUGGCAAAGUACAGUACUUAGUGGAAUGGGAGGGGGUCACUGCCUCGUGAGCUUAUUACAGGUGUGGUUACAUACUGUGUACUAGGUAGACAUGUGCCCGGUUAACCGCGGUUACCACUAAAUCCUGCUGAAACCGAGUUGGCUGCGAUAAUGCAAAAUAUCGAUUAUUUUAUUGAUGCGUCGCUUGUCUGUGAAGCACGGCUCUUGGGAUCAGUAGGAAAUGCUGCUCGAUCUAAAAGCAGUGCGAGUUUAAGUCGCUUAUAACAUGCAUUUGAAAAAGCAACACCUGUCAAACAUGAUCAUUAUAAAUAUACUUUAUUAUCAUGAAAAUAGAACUACUUGUGUAAUGGUCUUCUGCAGUGCGUAUUUGGAGUUUCUGCACGAGAGCGCCCUCUGGCUUUCGGAUGCAGCAGCAUUUUACCGUACUUCACUCACAAAUUGUGCAUAAAUCACGUGAUAUAUAUUUUUGGUUAACCGGGCAUAUGUCUAGUACUAGGGGUGCAAUGGUUCAAAUUACUCACGGUUCGGUCUGUGUCACGGUUUUAGGGUCAUGGUUUCGGUUCGGUUCGAUUUGUGCUAUGUUCAGGGAAAAGGGCCUACUGACAAAUAAAAAUAAGAACAAAUAAUCAAGCUACAAGUAACAGCACCAGUAAAACAACAGAGCAAAGCAGAAAAUUAAAUAAGAUACUGUAUAUACCUUUUAAGGUAGAAAUGGAUUAAAGUAAUCAAAUAAAACAUAACAUUGCAUAUGUACAAAUUAAAUAAAGACGAAUCAUAAUUGAAGUCACAGAAGCUAUUGAGUCACAAGCAGUGAGUGAUUUCCUUGACUUUUAACAGACAGCAGGAAUAUGCUGCUGUCGCUUUAAGAGGAAUGAAACGCAUCCAGUACACUGAUACUGUACACAUGCGUUGUUUUUCGUCCGUUCACUUAAGACAUAACCUACUAUGUUUGUUAAGAUACUCGACAAGAGGGGCAUGUUGACCUACUUCGUGUGUGAAUUUGUCCGUUUAAGCGCUUCAAAGACAACUCAAUAUUUGCGCCAUGUCUGAGACUUUCCUUAUUUGCGCUUCGGAUCUUCUCACAGCGCGCAAGCGAGUUUUCUUGUGCAUCAUCUUGCACUUAAAUGUUUAAAUUGACAAGGCUUAAAUGAGUUUAGUUUAAAUAGAAAAAUGUGCUGUUCAGGUCUCAGCUGCACUCGCGCGCUCACAACACCCGCGUGAUGAAAGCAUAAAUGACUGAUCAUAUUACAGCAUACGUCAAUCCUAUUGAAAUUUGUCUACGUUAUUUGAUUUGUUGUAGGUAUUAAAUUUGUAUCUAUCGACAAACAUACAUUAGCUGAACUUUGUCAGUCUGUUUUAUGCAUUAUCAUUUUUAACGAACCAUAUUAUAAAUGCGUCGUCAGAUUUAAGAUGAGCUUGGACCGUGUGCCGAACCGUUGGUCGAGAACCGUGCGGUUCAAUUAUUUACCGAGAACCGUUACACUCCUACUGUGUACCUUUGGUGAAGGCUGGGCUUCAGUAAUGUACUUUCACUUUUGACAUGCAAGUCAGAUGGAGGAAAGAGCAGUGAUUCUGUUACAGAAUACUUGGUUGCCUCAAGACUGCUGCAGAGAUGGAGACAAGAUAGUCGACUUUGUAUUGUUCAAAUGGAUUUGAUGGACACAUUGAAAAGUUUCAGGUUCAAGACAUAAUCACUGCUAUGUGAACAUAACCUGAGUCCUUGCUUUUUGCCUCUGAUGUGCAAGUGCCUUAAAGGGUUGUGAAACAGAUACUAUAUAUGCUGCUGGAGACUUAAGGAUUUAUUUUUCCUUAUUUAGUCAACUGUUUUCUCAUUUCUUCAAAUUGCCUAGGACAGAGAGAGCUAGUGUCAGUAAGGCACUUUUAUUUACAUUUCAAUUCAUUGCACAUACGCUCUCACGCUAUACAUCCAGUAUUGUCUCAUCUCAGUUUAAAUUACCUAGUGUAUAAAAUUUGUUUAUGAAAAAAGACUGACAUGAAAAAUGGUUAACUGUUCUCCUGCUACAAUGUGUAAAAGUAUAAAUACAGCAUUAAUAUCCUCAUUAGGUAUUAGACAUGCGUAAAUUUAAAGUUGGAUAAUGUAAACAGGUUUAUUUUGUUUGCCAUUUUUGAUUUCUUUUCCUGAAGGUAAAUGUUUUGUGGAUAUGUUAUAACGAAGUGCAGCAGCAUUAUUUUCUCCAUACCUUCCUACACCCCCCCCCAAAAAAAAGUUUCAGCUGUUAAUAUCUGCUUAAAGACUUUUGUUCAGAGACAGUUUUAGUUCUGCAGUUAAACAGAAUUUUAAAGCUGAUAUGUAUUUUUUGUUAUACUAUGCAAGUAAUUCAACAAGACUGCAUAUUUAGUUUAAUCUUAAUAAGAAAACGGCAGCAAUAUUUUUGUUACAAUUGACUCAGGCUUUUUUAAAUGUGGUGCUAUUUAUUGCUUUCAAAGAACAGUGUACACUAUCAAACUGUCCAUUCACAAGAGCACUCAGGAUACUUUUACAACUUCAAUGUAAAAUUUGAUAAAAUUGUUCAAUACAACAUUGAUACAAAAUGGGCCGUGAAAGAAAUUACAUGAGGUUUUCAAUUCUCAGCUGUGUAUUUUCAUACAUUUAUAAAAUUCUUUAUUUUAAUUAUACUUAAAACUCUCAAGUUCAAUCGAGGUGACAAGCUAUUUAUGUUUGUAUUUUGACCUGAGAAUUCCCUGUACUUAAUAACUAACUAUUUGCAAAGGUUGAAGUAGCUUUGGUUAAGGGAAAGUUUUGGACUUCAACAUUGUUACCUCCUCAUUUUGAUACAAUUAAUUGUAUGUUAUGUAUAUGAAACAUUUUUUUCAUUUGGUGUUCAAGUGUUAGUAAAGCUUGCUUUGUAUUUUACUGGCUUUGAGCAGGCUCCUUUAGCCAAAGAAUAAAGAUCUCAACUCUUA